GACGAUGGCUCCGUCGACGGUGAUGUGGAGAGCGGAGGUCGGGAACUGGGCGGGCCACCAACCGAUGAGCUGAUCCCCAUCUAUCGCCGAGAUAGCCAUUUGGAGGUGUACUGUGGCAGCCACCAGUAUCCUGGUUGUGGUGUCUACGUCUUCAAGUUUGACAAUUCCUUCUCUCUCUGGCGUUCCAAGUGGCUCUACUACCGAGUCUACUAUGGGAAGUGA